AUGUCCCAUCAAAUCACAGAGAGACUCAUGGGACACAGCCAUGUGGCUGGACUGACUCCCUCUGCCUUCCAGAAGGAGAUGUCUCUCAACACCAAGCAGAGGCUGGCCACAGCUAAGAAGCUGAGUCUGCCUCCCAUUGUCCAGCCUCAAGACAAGCCUGGGACCUCCCAUCACAAGUUCUCAGCAGCUGCCCCAGAGCAGCGCUCGUUUCAGCCUUGCCCACCAGAGGUGGUGUUUCAGAACUACAGCCCCGGUGAGGUCUGUGAAGUGCCGCUGGUUCUGAGGAACAGGGACAAGGUUCCUCACCUGUUGAAGGUCACCUUGAAGAGCUCACCUUAUUUCCAGCUGGUGGGCCCCAAUGACGUGUGCCGCAAGGUGCCACCGGGCCUCUACACCACUGUCCGCAUCCUCUUCACCCCUGGGCAGAGAAAGGAUUAUUUCCACCAGCUCCUCUGCACCACUGAAAGUGAAGAGUUCAUUGUGCCAAUUUGGGCCAUCGGUGGCCGAGCCAUCCUGGACUUCCCUGACCAGCUGGACUUCUCCACCUGUCCGGUCAAGUACACGACCCAGAAGACCCUGCUGGUUCACAAUGUUGGAAACCGGCCUGCUCGUUACGAGCUGAGCACCCAGAGCCCUUUCUCUGUCACUCCGGCCAUGGGAACUCUGGAUGUUGGUGACGCCGUGGAGGUGGCAGUGGAAUUUCGGCCACUGAAGACUGGUGACCAUUGCAGGUCCCUUGUUGUGCACUACGACACAGGUGAAGACACCCACACAAGCCUUCAUGCCAGAGCUGUGGAUGCCCACAUCAGGCUGGACAGGAAUACUGUGACCCUGGAGAAGACGUACAUCACCAUGUCAAACAGCGCAACUGUGCUCAUCCACAACUGCAGCGACAUCACAGCCCGCUUCCAGUGGAAGGCUGUGGAUACUGAGGAACAGGAGGAACAGCUGAGGCAGAGGCAGUAUCACAGGAUAUACCAGCAGCAAAGGCACAAGUUGUAUAGUUUUCUGAAGGAGCGUGAAGUGGACAUCACUUGCCGAGAGCGCCUUGCUCUUCUCAACCACACCUUCCAGAGUGAGGUAGCAAAGAUCAGAGGAGAUCCCAUGCUGUUAGACGAUGACAUUUUCUCCCUUGUGCCAAAGGAGGGUGAGAUCAUGCCGAAGUGCUCGGCUGAAAUCAGCGUGUUCUUCACGCCCCAGGCAGCCCAGGUCUAUGAGCGAACAGUUUACUGUGACAUCUCAGGCCGUGAGAACAGGCUGCCCCUGCUCCUCAUGGGGGAAGGCCUCGGGCCCCGGGUCCAUUUCCACUUUGAGGAACUGAACAUCGGGGAGGUUUUUGUCAGAGUAACCCACAGAUAUGAGGCAUACCUGAUCAACAAGGGGCCUAUUGAGGCUCCCUUCAAACUCAUCCCUCCAACCACAGCCAUGGGCUCCUGCUUCACCUUCCUGCCCCAGGAGGGCAUCGUGGCACCAGAGAAGCUCCAGGCCAUCCGGGUCUCCUUCUGUCCCACCAUCCGGGGGGAGUUUGAGGAACAAUUCUAUUUCCAUGUGGCUGAAUCCCCUAAGCCUGUGAUCUUCACUGUCAGGGGCUCUGUGAUGGGACCCACUUUCCAUUUUGAUGUGCCCGCCCUGCACUUCGGUGACAUCGCCUUUGGUUUUCCUCACACCUUGAAGUGUUGCCUGUUUAACACCUCCCUGACGCCCAUGGGCUUCUCCCUCUACAUUCCUGGGGAUGGCUUGGGAGUGCCCAGUGUUAGCAGCACUACUCAGAUAGGCAAACCCAGCAGCCAGUUGUGGAGGAAGGAAGUUCGAGUUCUGAGGAGAUUACAGGAAUUUACCAUAAACCCCCACAGCGGGACCGUCCGUGCCCUGGGAUCCCAGGAUAUCAAGGUCACCCUGUGUCCCAACACUGUUGGGGACUACAAUCUGGAGCUGGUGCUGGACGUGGAAGAUGUUGGCAGGAAGGUGUUUGCACUGCCCCUCACAGCCAGGUGCAUCGUUCCUACUCUGCGAGUGCUCAACCCUGUCGUGGAACUGGGGCACUGCUGCUUGAAGGUGCUCUAUGAUGAGAAGGUGACCCUGGUGAAUGACAGUGACUUCCCAGGCUGCUACUGUCUUCUCCCUCAGGUUUGGCCUUGCAUCCAUCUCCUCCCCUCAGAUUUUACUGGGGGGGUUAUUAGGGGAAUAAAAGGCUGCCAGGAACACAAGGAGGAGGCUGCUGCGUGGUACUCCAGCCUUGCACCCUCUGGGAUUAUCGAGGCUCACAGCUCGGUGCAGAUCCCAAUUACACUCCAGGCCCAGUUGCUGGGACAGUGCAGCAUCACUGCCAAGCUGGCCGUGUUUGGGAGACCAGGAUCCCCACUGGAAAUCCGUUUAGAGUGCGUUGGCCAGGGCCCCGUUGUCUAUGUCCAUCCCAGGGAGAUAAACUUCGGCUCUAUCCCAGUCCUAGAGGAUUGUUCCAAAACUCUCCACCUCGCCAAUCAGUGUAAGAUUCCUGCAGCCUUCCAGGUGGAGAUGGCUGUGGAACGUUCCUGCUGGAGGAUUGAGCCCAGUAAAGGAGUGGUCCCCCCCAGUUCUGAGGUGUCCGUGGCUGUCAUAGCUAACCUGAAUGACACAGUGAAAUUCCAGGAGAAGCUGAAGGUGUUCAUUGAGAACAACCCUGUGACCAUCAUCCCUCUCCAGGCUGUGGGCAUUGGCACCACAGUUGUCACGGACAAACCUCUUGUUCCGAAGCUCGACUUGAAGUCCUGCUUCAGCUUCAGUCGCUGCUUUUACCACUUCCAGCUGACGAACAGAGGCCGCCGCACGCAGCGGCUCUACUGGAGCACGGAAGGGUUCCGCACCUUCCGCCGCAGCGCGCGGGCCCCGGCCCCCGCGGGCCCCCCGGGCAAAGGGGCUCCCCCCAUGCCCAGGCCUGGCAGCCCCGUGUUCAAGCUGUGCCCAGCGCAGGUGGACCUGAGGCCGGGCCAGACUGUGGACAUGGUGCUGGAAGGCUGCUCCAGCACUGUCCAGGAGGUGAAGGAGCGGCUGCUGUGCCACGCUGUGGUGGGGAAAGAGACAGCAAAGAAACAGAUCCUGCAAACAGAUGUCAUCUGCAACUUCAUCUGCCCUGCAGUGCAAAUGUCCCCCAGAGCCAUCGCUUUCCGUGUGGAAAAGAAACCCAGUGAUGUCCUGACACUGCAGUACCAGCCGCUGACAUUAAAAAACACCAGCUCCCUGCCAUUCAGCGUGGUGCUGGACUUGGAGCAGCCCUUCCUGGUCUGCAAUGUCAACCGGAAGCCCCUCCCUGCAAAUUGCAAGCCUGUGAGAGUGGGUGUAGGGAAGGAACUUCAUCUCUGCAUCUGCUUUAACCCAGCUUAUAAGAACAGUCUGAUCAGCUGGGUGGUAAAGAAGGUUCUCAGGGUGAGCUUCAUGGAGCAUCCUCAUGUGGAGAAGAUCCCUCUUCGGGGGGAAGUCUGCUUCCCAAAUCUCCACCUCCCCACCAAGGCCGUGGACUUUGGCUGCAUCAUAAAUGACACUGAACAAGAGUUGAAGAUGGAGAUGACCAACUGCAGCCCACUCCCUGUCAACUACCACUGGUCAUUCCUGACAGACAGCCAGGUGAACACCAUCAGGUUCAUCCCUUCACCACCUAAAUUCAAGCCACGGUCAUUAAACAAGAGGAGAGUGUUUCUACGGAGAUACUCCAGGACUGAAAGUGUGGAGGAGCCAACUGAAACCCCAGAAACAACGCAGGAUUCUGCCCAGGAAGAUUCUGCCCUGGAAGAUUCUGCCCUGGAGGAUUCUCUCCUGGAGGAUUCUGCCCUGGAGGAUUCUGACGAGCAGGAUUCUGCUCAGGAAGAUCAUGCCCAGGAGGGUCCUGCCCAGGAGGGUCCUGCCCAGGAAGAUCCUGCUCAGGAGGACUCUGAUCAGGAGGAUUCUGCUCAGGAGGACUCUGACCAGGAGCCAGAAGAUGCAGAGCAUUCCCUGGAAUCAGAGGUGGAUUUUCUUGUGCACCUACCACUUGCUUUGCCUCCUCAACUUGCCACCAAAAAGUCAUACUCGUGCCAACCUCCCUUUUUGCUGCCCUUCCGUUCUGUGCCCUGA